UCGCAGAAGUUGAGUGAGUAAUUCCAUCGAGCAGUUGGCGGGCACUUUGUCGCAGUUUCUUGAAUUCGAGGAUUCAAUUUUUAGCAGGGAUGAUACUCCGCGUGGCGGCGGUCUCACCCAAAACCUCUCUUCUCCUUUCCCACUUCCGCAAGAGCUCCAACACGCUUCUUCUGCAUUCUAAAUGCUUCAGUUAUUUCCGGCAGCACCAUACUUGUUCACUGAAGAUUAUAUGCAACGCGAGGGAGCUGCCAAAAAGCCCCAUUUCGAUGGAAAGAAAAGCAAGGCAUUUCUCCUCCGCUUCCGCUGAGGCUCUCGUAAAAAAUUCAACGGAUUUGAGCAAUCGAAUGACGAAAAAGGCGCGUAGAGAGGCCCCAGACAUGAUUCUGCGCGUGAAACUCGACCAGUGCUCGAAAAUCGGCGACUUCGCGGAGGCCCUCCGCCUCUACGAGGAGGCGAAGGCGAAUACCGUUCCGCUCAAUCUGCAUCACUACAAUGUGUUGCUUUACUUGUGUUCCUCGAGUGGAGGGAGUUUCGAGAAAGGAUUUGAGAUUUUUAAGCAGAUGGGAGUUGAUAAUGUUGCCCCAAAUGAGGCGACAUUCACAAACAUCUCGAGGUUGGCUGCUUCAAGAGAGGAUCCGGAGUUGGCUUUUACCCUAGUUAAGCAGAUGAAGAAUCAUGGAAUUGCCCCCAAAUUGAGGUCGUAUGGGCCGGCAUUGUUCGGUUUCUGUAACAAGGGGAUGGCAGAUGAGGCUUAUGAGGUGGAUUCUCAUAUGGUGGAGAGUGGGGUGUCUGCUGAGGAGGCUGAGCUCUCUGCACUCCUUAGGGUUAGUUCUCGAGUCGAGCGAGAGGGGAAAGUGUAUGAAUUUAUGCAUAGGUUGAGGGCUGCUGUGAGGCAGGUGUCUGAGGAGACUGCAUCCGUGGUGGAGGACUGGUUUAGUUCAAGAAAGGCUGCUGAAGUCGGGGCCCGGGAAUGGGAUGUCGGGGGCGUGAGGAAAGGGGUUUUGGAGGGAGGGGGCGGGUGGCACGGGCAAGGAUGGUUGGGGGAGGGUAGUUGGAGAGUGGUGAGGACUAGGAUGAAUGAGGCUGGGAUAUGCCAAUCGUGCGGAGAGAAGCUCGUUUGCAUUGAUAUUGAUCCGGAGGAGACGGAGAAUUUCGCCAAGUCCCUGGCUAAGUUAGCCUCCCAGAGGGAAGUCAAGAACAACUUUGCACAAUUUCAGGAGUGGCUGCAACGGCACAGUCCAUUUGAUGCUGUAGUUGAUGGUGCGAACUUGGGUCUUGCUAAUCAACGCACGUUCAAUUUUGGUCAGAUUGAGAGAGUUGUGAAUCAGUUGCGUCAAAUCAGCCCAUCAAAGAAAUUACCCCUUGUUGUUCUACACCAAGCACGAGUCAAAGGCGGCCCUGCUCAGAAACCUAACAACAAAAAAUUGUUGGAAAGCUGGAAAAAGGUCGGUGCGCUUUACGCAACGCCUCAGGGUUCAAAUGAUGAUUGGUAUUGGCUGUAUGCUGCUGUGAGUUCAAAGUGUUUGCUUGUGACGAACGAUGAGAUGAGAGAUCACUUAUUCAAUCUUUUAGGCAAUAGCUUCUUCCCUAGAUGGAAAGAAAAGCACCAGGUCCGGUUAAAAUAUACCAUCGAAGACGGGCUCACGCUGUGCAUGCCACCACCGUAUUCAAUUGUCAUCCAGGAGUCGGAACGAGGCAGAUGGCACGUACCAACUGUCACCGGAGACGAUCUUGAGGCCCCGAGGCAAUGGAUUUGCGCAACAAGGGCAACACCAGAUGCAUAGAGCUCCCUUGAUUUUUUAUUCAACGAUGAAACUACGUCGUUUUAGAUAUUGUAAUUGCAAAGAAUAAGAAAGAUCAUCUGUGGGAUUGCAGCAUUUUUCAGAAAGCCAUGUGAUUUUUGCGAUA